GUAUAGGCUUCUUCAGCCUAGGCCAAAAUAAAAAUAAAUACAACGGACAGUGCCUUUUAAAUAAAAUAUUAUAGGCCUAGAUCUAGGGCCAACUAAAUAAUAAAUAAAAUUGAUAUUUAUUACUUAACCAGGAGAGUUUGGACUCAGGCGGCUGGUUGCAAGAAUUGGGCCUAAAAUACCUGCAGACUGCAGUUUGUUAAGAUGAGUGGAAGUAUUGACGAUGAUGAAGAUCCUGAGCACUCCCAAGGUCCAGCACCCGCUCCCCUAGACCUUGGACGCCUGGAAGUAGAAGCCAGACAAGCAGCGGCAAAACAUGUUGCCAGUUUGCUACAAAGACCAGACCAAUUGGAUAAAGUGGACCAGUAUAAAAGACGUGUUGCCAGAAAAAAGGCUUCAGUGGAAGCCAUGUUGAAAACAGCGGUACAGUCACAACUUGAUGGGGUUAGGACGGGACUGAACCAGUUGCAGAGUGCUCUACAGGAUGUCUAUCAGAUCAAACAGAGCCUAGAUGAGAUAGAAGAAAACUACAGGAUCAUUGAACCUCUGCACCAGAAACUCAAGGAUCUGAAGGAAGAGAACAACAAAUUCUGUCAGCUGUCAGCAGCCCAAGAAAACCUGAAACAUAUUUUUACUGUGCCAGAGAGUGUCAAGAAAACAAGUGAACUCAUCAAUGAAGGGAAGCUACUCCAGGCUCAUAAACACCUGACUGACCUUGAGAUGUCCAGAGACGACCUUCUGUUGGCCCUACACAAACAGCCAAACCAAAGUCCCACAGAUAAAAUUACGCUGACCAACUACUUCUCAGAGGUCCAAACACUUUCUGUUGAGUUGGGCAAGCAGUUGUGGGUCAUCAUACAGAGGACUCUGCUGUCUGUUAGAAGGGAGCCUACUCUCAUCUGCACUGCCUUGAGAAUUAUAGAAAGGGAGGAAAGGAUGGAUGCUGCUUGGUAUAAGAAAUAUGAUCAGACAGGAUUUAUGCCCCCUGGCCGACCAAAAAAGUGGAAAGAAAAAUGUUUGGAAGUCCUGCAGUCUUCUAUAGCAGCCAGGAUUGAAGGCACACAGCUAGAGACCAGAGACCAGGACAAGAUGUGGCUGGUGCGCCAUUUAGAGAUCACCAGACAAUCCAUGAUUGAUGACUUGAAAGUUGUCAAGACUUUGCUGCCCCCUGUGUUCCCACCUGAAUACAAUGUCGUCCGACGCUACCAAAAGAUGUAUCACACAGCUCUAUCCCUUCAUCUGAAAGAAUUAAUUCAACAAGAGUUGGAAGGAAACGAGGUCGUCUCAUUACUUCAGUGGGUAAAGGCUUAUGACUCACCAGAACUCCUGAGACACCCUGAGCUAAACAUUGAUGUCAAGGAGCUGGGACCUCUUCUAGAGAACAACAUCAUCCUCUACCUCCAGAACCAAUAUUUGAAGAACAUGAAGCAAAACAUCACAGAAUGGAGCAGAAACACACUGCGUUCAGACAUCAGGGACUGGGUGAACACUGAGGCACCAGACCAGGAUGGGGAUGGCUUCUACAACACACAGCUGCCAGUCAUCAUAUUCCAGAUGAUGGAGCAGAAUUUACAAGUGGCAAAAAUUAUUGGUCAAGAGUUGGUCAAGAAAGUCUUAGAGUUGUUUGCUGAGGAGCUGAAUAGGUUUGCUUUAGAAUAUAAAAACGAGCUUCAAAUUUAUGACGAGCGACACUUGGCAGAUAGGAAGGAACCAAAAUAUUUUAUUCACUAUGUGAUAGCUAAUGCCAACAACUGCAUCUCUUUUGGUGAGUACAUGAACCAGCUACGCAAGAGAUACAUGAAAAGUGAGUUUGAAGAGGAGUCGAACGAUGCUGAGCAAAUCAGGAAAGAUCAAUUUCAGCAGCUGACGGAUCAGUUUCUCACUUUGGCUAAACAAUGCUGUGACAUCAUGUUGGAGGAGAUGUUCAUUGACCUGAGAGACAGCAACUGUUUUAACGAUCUGAUGACACGAAACUGGAUGGCCAAUUCGAGUGGCGUGGAGACCAUUAUAGCAACAUGGGCCGACUACCACCAAGACUUUCUACACCUCAAGCCCAUGAUGUAUGAGAUUUUACUGGCAAAAGGCCAGAAAAAAAUCAUUAAGGAAUACGUCAAAGCUUUGCUAUCCAGGAAACUCUCCUUCAAGAACUACGACGAGAGAAAACAGUCGUCAGAGAAAAUAAUUUCUGAAGCUGAGCAGAUCAAGGCUCAGUUCAUGGAGAUGUCCCCUAAACUGGAUGCUUCAAUGUUUGAUGUGCUACCUGCCCUGGCGGAGGUUGUUAAACUCAAAGACAGCUCUAUGCUCUCUCUGGAAGUUACUGGAUUUGCUAAAAAGUAUCCAGACAUAAGGCUGGAACAACUGGUUAAUUUAAUUUUAUGUCGUGGUGACAUCAGCAGGUCUGACGCCAGACAGUUAGCGCUGGACAGUGUGGGAGAAGACGACGCCUCACAAGCCAAGCCAAAGGGAAUUUUUUCCGAGAUCGCAGCAUCUGGCUGAGAUGUGCGAGUUAAGGAUGUGGUUCUCUGAGAUGUGUUAACAUCUAGUGUGAUGUUAUAGAUGUUUGUUAACACUACUGAUGUGAUGUUACUUUGAUGUGCUAACUAUGCCUGUUCUCAAAGUUGUAACAAAAUUACAAUGAUAAACAUCUGCAUGUUACAAGUAUUUGAACUUUAAUGUCAUAAUUCAUUUGGUGUUUAUCACAUUAUUCAUGUCAUUUAUUUUUCUGAUUCACUUGUACAAUAAAUAUAAUUUAUUCUGA